AGCAGAGCAGCAGCAGCAAUAAUCUGCAAAUCUGCAAUCUGCAACCUGCAAAAUUGAUGAAGAUGGCUCCAUCAAAAUUCGAUUUUUUUUUUAUUUAGAUUCCCACCAGAUCUUGUCCUCGUUAUUCCUCACACAAUCUCUGUCACUCUUGUUUUUGCUGCUUUCAAUCCCUUUUUAACGUCUUCUUAAUUAGAUCCCUUUUUGUUUUUUUCAAUCUCUCUCUCUCUCUCUCUCUCUCUAUAUGUUUUGACUCCCAACCCACUCGCUAUGGGUCAGUGCUAUGGCAAGACAAUUCCUACUACCGAUAACGACACCAUCGUCCAACCUCAAUCUCCGCUCCCUUCCUCCGCUAACAACGCCGUCAAACAUACUCCUGCCCGAUCCUCCAGUCCAUGGUCCAGUCCUUACCCUCAUGGAAUAGCCAGUCCUUUACCUGCUGGAGUCUCACCCUCUCCGGCUCGAUCCUCAACUCCCGGUCGUAGGUUCUUUAAGCGUCCUUUUCCGCCCCCCUCACCUGCCAAGCAUAUCAAGGCUUCUCUCGCUAGGCGAUUUGGGCAUGCAAAGCAGCCAAGGGAAGGUCCCAUUCCGGAGGACGGCGCACCAAUUGAACCCGAAUUGCACUCUCUUGAUAAGAACUUCGGUUACAAUAAGAACUUUGGAGCAAAGUAUGAAUUGGGGAAGGAAAUAGGGCGAGGACAUUUUGGUCAUACAUGCCACGCUAGGGGCAAAAAAGGGGACCUUAAGGAUCAUGCCCUAGCUGUUAAGAUCAUUUCCAAACUCAAGAUGACAACUGCAAUUUCAAUUGAGGACGUGCGUAGAGAAGUAAAAAUAUUGAGAGCUCUUUCGGGCCAUAAGCAUCUGAUUCACUUUUAUGAUGCAUGCGAAGAUGCAAACAAUGUAUACAUAGUGAUGGAAUUGUGUGAAGGUGGAGAAUUACUUGAUCGAAUAUUGUCCAGAGGUGGAAGAUACACAGAAGCAGAUGCAAAAUUGAUAAUUGUUCAGAUAUUAAGUGUCGUUGCUUUUUGCCACCUUCAAGGUGUUGUGCACCGUGACCUAAAGCCUGAGAACUUCCUUUUCAUGUCAAAAAGCGAAGAUGCUGAUAUGAAGCUUAUUGAUUUUGGCCUUUCUGAUUUCAUCAGGCCAGAAGAAAGGCUUAAUGAUAUUGUUGGAAGUGCAUAUUAUGUUGCACCAGAAGUUCUGCAUAGGUCUUAUAGCCUGGAAGCAGAUAUAUGGAGUAUUGGUGUUAUCUCGUAUAUUUUGUUAUGUGGGAGCAGGCCAUUCUGGGCAAGAACGGAAUCUGGGAUAUUUCGUGCAGUACUGAGAGCAGACCCUAAUUUUGAUGAUAUACCUUGGCCUUCUGUAUCACCAGAAGGCAAGGACUUUGUUAAAAGGCUCUUGAAUAAGGACUAUAGAAAGAGAAUGAGUGCUGCUCAAGCUCUGACUCAUCCAUGGUUGUCAAGCGAAAACCAUCCAAUUCCUUUAGAUAUAUUGAUCUAUAAAUUGGUGAAGUCGUAUCUUCAUGCUUCUCCAUUCAAACGUGCUGCACUGAAGGCACUGUCAAAAGCUCUGACAGAGGAUGAAUUGGUAUAUCUGAGAGCUCAAUUUAUGCUUUUGGAACCAAACAAAGACGGGCGUGUAUCUCUUGACAACUUCAGAAUGGCUCUGAUGCGUAAUGCUACAGAUGCAAUGAAGGAGUCUAGGGUCCCUGAUAUUCUAAAUGCGAUGGCUCCUCUGUCUUAUAGGAAGAUGGACUUUGAAGAGUUUUGUGCAGCAGCCAUCAGCACGUAUCAGUUGGAAGCCCUUGAAACGUGGGAACAGAUUGGAUCAACGGCAUUCGAAUACUUUGAACAGGAGGGUAACCGUACAGUGUCGGUUGAGGAACUUGCUCGGGAACUGAACGUGGGGCCUACGGCACAUACGAUACUGAAAGAAUGGAUUAGAAGUGAUGGUAAACUGAGUUUGCUUGGUUAUACCAAGUUUUUGCAUGGAGUGACCCUUCGCAGCACCUCAAACACAAGACAUUAAAAUGAAUGAAUGAAUGAAUGAAUGAAUGAUCAUUAUAAGCAGUUGAGUAGAGAUAAAAAAAACAAAUAUCUUGUUUUUUUGUUUUUUGCGAUUGCUUGAAUUGAAGAGCAUGGGAGUGUAGAAAUGCAUAUAGUUUUAGUGGAGGAGACGCACACAAUUCAAAGGAUUCUUCUUCUUCU